UGAAAAUAUUGCAUUGUUGCGUUGGAAUUGGCAACUUUAACUUAACUUACCUAUCUUCUCUUCCAUUACGAAUCCAAAUCCAAAUCCUUUUAUUCAUUUAAUCCUUUUGGUGACACUACAAAUACAUUAUUCUCUCUUUCUUUCUCUAUUUCUCCAAUUACUAUGAUGCUACAAAACAUUCCUUAUUACUAACAACAACAACAACAACACCAACAUCCUCAAAACCUUAAUCGAACCAUUCAUUCUCUUCUUCACUUACUUUGCUCUUCUUUUCUAAUAUACCUACGUAACGUCGUAUACAUACGCAUUUAAACAUAAUUAGUAACAUUAAUUAAUUACUUAGUUACAAAUUAAACGACGUGAAUGGCGUCUCUUUUUAUCGUCAUCGUCGUGUUACUACUAACGGCGACGGUUAUUUCUGGAUCGCCGGCGACUCUGACGUUGGAAAGAGCGUUUCCGUCGAAUCACGGAGUGGAAUUGAAUCAGUUGAGAGCUAGAGACUUGUUCAGGCAUCGUAGAAUUUUGCAGUCUUCGAACGGCGUCGUUGAUUUCCCUGUUCAAGGAACCUUCGAUCCCUUCCAAGUCGGGCUCUAUUUUACAAAGGUGCAGUUGGGUACUCCUCCAGUAGAAUUUUAUGUGCAGAUUGAUACUGGAAGUGAUGUUCUUUGGGUUAGUUGCAGCUCCUGCAGUGGAUGUCCACAGACAAGUGGACUACAGAUUGAACUCGAUUUUUUUGACCCCGAGCGUUCAUCAACGUCGUCUUUAAUCUCUUGUUCCGACCGGAGGUGCAACAGUGGAAUACAAUCAUCAGAUGCAAGUUGUUCCACUCAGAACAACCAAUGCUCUUACACUUUCCAGUAUGGAGAUGGUAGUGGAACAUCAGGCUAUUAUGUGUCAGAUAUGAUGCAUUUGAAUACUAUUUUCGAGGGAUCUGUGACUGCAAAUUCUACAGCUCCUGUAGUUUUCGGUUGUAGUAACCGGCAGAGUGGGGACUUGACAAAGUCUGACAGAGCAGUUGAUGGUAUAUUCGGAUUCGGGCAGCAGGAAAUGUCUGUCAUCUCUCAGCUCUCCUCACAAGGGAUUGCUCCUAGAGUAUUCUCACAUUGUCUUAAAGGAGAUAGCACUGGUGGGGGAGUAUUGGUUCUUGGCGAGAUUGUAGAGCCUAACAUAGUUUAUACUCCUCUUGUUCCAUCACAGCCUCAUUACAACUUAAAUCUACAGAGCAUCUCUGUCAAUGGCCAGAUGUUGCAAAUCGAUGCAUCAGUUUUUGCAACAUCAAACAACAGAGGUACCAUUGUUGAUUCUGGGACAACAUUGGCAUACCUUGCAGAAGAGGCUUAUGAUCCCUUUGUCAAUGCGAUUACGGCUGCAAUCCCACAAUCUGUACACACUGUUGUUUCAAGGGGAAAUCAGUGUUUCUUAAUUACUAACAGUGUCGCUGACAAUUUUCCUCAAGUAAGUCUGAACUUUGCUGGUGGUGCAUCUCUGGUUUUAAGACCUCAGGACUACCUUAUACGGCAGAGUUCUAUUGGUGGUGCAGCAGUGUGGUGUAUUGGCUUUCAGAAAAUCCAGGGUCAAGGGAUAACAAUUCUAGGAGAUCUCGUUUUAAAAGACAGAAUUGUUGUUUAUGAUCUGGCCGGUCAACGCAUUGGGUGGGCUGACUAUGACUGUUCGUUAUCGGUUAAUGUCUCGGCAACAACUGGCACAGGCAGAAGUGAAUACGUGAAUGCUGGAGAGAUAGGUGGAAGUACUUCUUUACAUGAUGGUCUUAAGUCAUCAAAGACAGGGUUCUUGGCUCUCUUUGUAACACUGAUAUGCUGCUUUGUGUAUUUAUAGUAUUUAUUUAUGCAUCGUGAGAUAUAGAUCUAAUAUUCUUUUUCCUAUGUAUAUUCUAUUUCCACUACUGUAUAUUUGUGAUAAUUUGAAAAACCACAUGUUAUUUUCAAUAUUGCUUGUGUUGUGCUUCUUUUCUGCACAAUAGGUUUUUCAGGUUUAGCUUAGAUGAUUCUGUUGGACACUCUCAGUCUUAUAGAAUCUAAUCAUUACUCCAUUUGUUAUUCUUUUGGCAGUUUUGUAAAGUACUUCACAGGAUUACUGUUUGAAUCGCUUAUACAAGUUAUAUGAUAUAGUUUUUUAUACUUCUACUUCA